AUGAUGUGUUGCAAAUCUCUAUUAUUAUCAUUGCUUAUAUCAAUCAUAGUGGCAAAUACGAAAUGUACAGAAAUGAAAAAUGUUUUAACAAACGAGAGGGUGGGGAACAAGUUGGUCACGACUGGUUUUAAUUUUGCGAGAAAUUUUACCCCUGUAAGAUCACAUUACGGCAAGCUUGUUAUUGAACAUCAAAAUGAAAAAAACGUGGUGUGUUCACCCAUGGCUGCUCGUCAAAUCUUAGCAUCGGUCGUUCUUGGAGCACGACGAAAUACUUCAAUUCAACUACGCGAAGCACUUUCUCUGAGAACGAAUAUUCACCGCGUAAAAUUGCAAUAUCACUUGUGGAAUGACGGUAUUGAGUACGUGCAGGACAUGACCCUCAAAUUGGCCAGCAUGGUUUACGUACCUAAAAAGUUUGAAAUAAAAAAAAAAUUUCGAGAAAAUGCACGAGUUUACUUUUUAACUGAAGUUACUUCGAUGAAAGGUAAUCAGUCGGAAACCGUUACUGAAGCAAAUCAAUGGAUCAGUGAGACGACAGACGAAAAAGUCGAUGGAAUUCUCAAUGAAGGCGACAUAACGCAAAACACUAGCCUAGUCGUUUUAAACGCUAUUUACUUCCGUGGCGAUUGGAAGUACCCAUUCAAUCCUAAAUCUACAAGAAGACAAUUUUUCCACCAAUUUGGAAACAGGAAGUAUGUUGAGCUUCCGUACAGGGAUUUCGAGUUUAAAAUGGUCAUUAUCAUGCCUUUGGAUGAAAAAACCAACAAAAUUAAAUUUGAAGCGCUUGGCCGGAAUUUGAAGAACUUUGAUUAUCGGACCAUCGACGGAAAAAGAUCUACAGUAAUACUGAAUAUGCCAAAAUUUACCAUAAAAAGUACCAUUGAUCUCGUGCCUGUUUUAAAAAAGAUGGGUGCAACGCAUAUGUUUGACAAUAGACAAGCUAAUUUUAAAAGUAUCGGAGAAAGUUCAAGUGAUAAUUUGCAUGUGGACAAAGUCAUUCAAAAAAUCUUUCUUCAGGUUGACGAAGUGGCUAAUGACGAUAUGUAUUUCAUUGCAACUCCCAAUAGCAUUGGAUCAAGUAAUUACAUUAAUAUCAACAAGCCAUUCUACUUUGCUAUUUUGUCGUCACAAUCCGUAUUAUUGGAAGGACGAGUUAUAACACCAAAUUAUGAAGAUGCGUAG